UCUUGGCGCCAGUGGUUGUGUGGCGUCAACCGGGGAAGUGUGGUGGGUCAGUGUGUGGCGGACCAUCAUUCUGACUCCCACGUGGCUUCUGACGGCCUAGUGGAGCCCUCGGUUUGCAUUUCCGCGUAAAGAAAACGUGAAGAAAGCGCGCCUCAAAACACACAAGAGCGGGUUCUCGGAGUGCUGACGGCAACGCCAGCACGCCAACACGCUAGCACUACUGACGCUAGCUCUGGACACGCCUAGCAAGUGUAUACAGUGAGGCUAGAGACAAGACGUUGCCGCGCUCCUGUGCCCCGUGGCGAGCAGUGAGGGCGAGGCGGUGCAGUGCAUGGUGAUGAUGUCAGUGAGCCAGGGCGACCUUCUGCUAGGGGAGGUUCUGGACAUGGACGUGGACCAACAGCAGGGACAGCAGGAGCAGGAGGCCCCGCCCCGCCCCGACGAGGGCAAGGCCGAGGAGCAGGCUCAGUCUCCAGGUGAGCGCUUCUUGCCGACCAGGAUCUCGGAGGAGCGGAUGAAGCGGAUGUCGGAGAUGGAAGGAGAGACGCCACUUAAACGACCCCGCCCCGCCGGCGACACAGAACUGCGACUUCUUAUCCAGAGCAAGGCUGCUGGCUCCAUCAUCGGCAAGGGAGGACAGAACAUCUCCCGCUUACGGAGCGAGAAUCCAGCCAGUAUUACCGUGCCCGAUUGCCCAGGCCCCGAACGAGUGCUGACCAUCGGAGGCUCGGAAGAGGUGGUGCUGAAGGUGCUGAAUGAGGUGCUUCAGUGCCUGGACGAGGCUCUGCAGAAGGGAAAUGAGUCGGACGCCCGCAUACUGGUCCACCAGAGCCAGGCUGGGUGCAUCAUCGGCAAGGCAGGCUCCAAGAUCAAGGAGCUGCGCGAGGAAUGUGGAGGACAGAUCAAAGUGUAUACGAACUGCUGUCCCCAGUCUACUGACCGGGUCAUCCAGAUCACUGGUGACCGUGACCGCACCGUCCUUACCAUCACCCGGAUAAUUGAACUUCUGAGGGAGAGUCCCAUAAAGGGGAUGAACAAUCCCUACAAUCCUCACAACUUCGAUGAGUUCUUUGCCAAUGAAUAUGGAGGCUGGGGAGAGUCACCCAAAGGCAGAUUCCCUGGUGGUCCCAUGGGUCGUGGCCCUCCCCACAUGGGUCCUGUAGGACCAAUGGGUCGAGGACCAAUGGGACCUCCUGGUGGACCACCAGGCGGACCUCCAGGACCACCACCAUUUGGCCGCCGUGGGCCAAUGGGACCACCUCAUGGUCCUCCUCCUCCAAUGCGAGGUCCCCCAAAUGGAGAGUUUGAGGGAAUGCUGGGGAAAGGCAAACCUUUCAUGAAUGGCAGUGACCCUCACAAUGGGGACCUGCCCACAACCUCAACUCAGGUGACAAUCCCCAAAGAUGCAGCCGGCGCUAUCAUCGGGAAGGGAGGUGCAAGGAUCCGCAAAAUCCGUUCAGACUCUGGAGCUUCCAUUUCCAUUGAGGAUUCCCGGCCGGGUACCAAUGACCGCAUCAUCACCAUCAAUGGGAGUGAGCCACAGAUCAAACAUGCCCAGUACCUUCUCCAGCAGAGUGUGCUGGAGUACGGCGGCCAGCAUUACCAGGGUGGAGACUAUGAGGAGCAGACUAGCGUGAGGGAGUUUGGAGGUCAGACUGGCCGCAGAUACUAAGCACCAGCAGUAAGUCCAGCCAUCUUCAGAUUCUCAUAUUGAUGAAGUAGAUACACAUUACAACACUUAUUGCAAAAAGCUAAACCACUAGGCUUAGGGACUUGUUUGGAAGAGUUCUAACACAAGUGCUGUAGAAUGUUUACUCUAGGAUUAAAAAAAAAAUACAAGCCUUUCCAGUUGCUGGUAAGGCUCUUGAUGUAGGACUUUAGCAAAUCAUUGCUGAAGUGUCAGAGUUGCAGUAGUAUUCUGCCAAGCCGAGCUGGGUAAAGAAUGCCACAAUUUGCAUUUUUUUUUAUAGGGUGUUGAUAAUGCCAAAUAAAUUUAAUUUGAGAGGAUUGUAACUAUGCUUGGGGGACUUUUUUGAAGCACAAAAUGAGUGCAAUUUGGUUGAUUGUACCUGCUUCAGUGAUGGUAUAGAUAAGGAAAUUACGAGCGCUGUUGAUGGAAUGACCUCACAGAUGACGGCUAGGAUUCCAUCCAAUAUAUUGAAGUAACUGUUAAUCAAAAACAUAACCUGUAUAGUUUUUUACUUAAGGCAGUGUUUCAGUUAAUAUCAGAAUUACAUAUUUUGAUUUUCUUAUAAUCUCUUAAUACAAUUGUAGAUUCUCUACUUUUAUCAUGUGAAAAGAAUGAUAUCUGAGGAAGGGGAAAUUCAUAAAUAUUUAGACUUCAUAUUGGAAGUCUAACGUCCACUAAUAAACUAUGAAUAUUCAGGUAUUUGACUAAAUAAACUAGCUCCAAAGUAAUCACUGAUGUAUUUUUGUACAAUUUAUUGUCAUAAUAUUUGUUUCAUGUUAUUCUACAUAUGGAUUACUAAUAAAUGUUGUCAUCUAACCCAUCAGUACUACUUCUACCAUUUACUUCCUGGUUCUCACCACUGCUCUUCUUUAUUGUCCUCCUGAAUGAGGAACACACUGUCUCUUGACCUUUCAUACUCUCUAUCUGAUAACUACUAGAUAUCUUUCCCUUGCAAUCAGAGCUUCUUUUCAUGAGGGUUGUAGUAAUAUUUCCUGCCUUAACUCCUGUGCUAAGACCCUAACUGUUAGAUGUUGUGCCCUUCACGUAGAGGCUAUCCUGCCCUUUGCUUUAGCUCCUGUUUUUCCAUGGGAUGUAUUUAAGAUGUUUACUUAGCCGAUAUUGGUUUUGAGGGAGGUCAUAGCAGGUUUUUUAACUAUGUAGUAGACUAUGAUUUCUUUGCCUUGUAAACAUACUACAUACAUGUAGAGAAAAAUCAGCUAUAUUUGAUGAAGAGGAAGGGUUGUAUGCACAGGCCAUAGAGAGAAUAUAUUGAAAAGUGUUGCUGAGAUCAAUCAGUUAAGUUAACAUCUAAGGUACUUUCCUAGUAUGUUUGUAUGUCUGUACCUGAUAAUUGAAGCCAUUGUCCGUGUACAAAGGUAUCGUUGUCACCACUUUUAAGAAAGACAAAGGACACUCGCCACAACUUCAUUGUUCUCCAGCAGGUUCCCUCCCCUUCUUAGUCAUUUGGAAUAUACAAUUCCAAUUUCCCACAGCACUUUUCACUUCCUUUUUAUUUUAUAUCUUUUAUUUUUAUUUUUGUUUUUCUUUAUGCUCCUAUCACCUUAAACUAAUAACAGAAAUAGAAUAGUUUGUGUUCAGCUUUGUUUGAAUCUAUUUAGGUUUCAAAGCCCUUGGAUAACUUUCACAAAGUGUGAUUUGGCUAAUUGUUUGAGAAUGAGUUAUUGCUGUCAUCCCUGCUUUUGUAGGUCAAGUAGACAUUCCAUGCAGCACAUAUUUUGUUACAAAUUAUUGUUUAUUUUUACAUCUGAUUAAGCCUGCCCCUCAACACUUGCAAGAUGUUGAGUACCCCUUUUUGUGGGCUCCAAAGCCAUCCAAGAAGAAAGUAUUGUUAAGUUAUAUCAUUGGCUUUUUUCAUACUGACUUGUAGUUCCUCCUGGUAACACUGACCAGGUUUGGUAUAGUUUUAUUUUAAUUUUCUGCAGUUUGGAGCAAGCUUUUCCCUAUGAUGUAAGAAAGAGCCUUAACUCUAAUAGGAAAUAGGUAAUCUGUCCCCAUUGCCUGCAUACAUUAGUAUUUGAAGUUAUAUUACCUCGUAUAGAGUUUAUGUCCAGUGUAUCUAGAAAUUUUAACAAGAAUCACUAUUUGCUCCUCAGGGGAUCAAAUUUAACUAUGCAUGAACUGGCCCAGUAGGGAAAAACUUGUAUUGUGAAAUGCCAUAAUGACAUGUUGUGUGAGUUACCACCUUCCAUGAGAACUUCAAUAAAAUACACACAUGUAGUUCUUCCUUUCUAGUGAAGCUUUUAUGUAAUGACAAUUGAACUUUGCAUUACCAAUGAUUUCACACAAGCUACAAAAUGGUUAUAAUUAACAAAGUUUGGAUGAUUAAAUUGAUAGUCUAAGAUGUGCCUAUGGUCCCCUGAAAAGCAAGUAUUGUCCUGCAACUUGACUGGAUGUUCACAUUUAAGAGAUUUGAUUUAUACAUAAGGACCAGACACUGUUAUUUGUGUCCAUAGUUUAAAACUCUUGAAGCCAUCCAUUUUGUAAUGUGAUUAAUGUAUUUUGCAUUCAUAUAAAGGAAUAAAUACCAGAAGAUA